AUCAAAUAAUCAAAAAUGUCUACCGGACGCCGUUUAGCCAAACGCUCAAUUAUUGGCACCAAAGUUUGUGCCCCCGGUCCCGAUGGUCUCUGGUAUUCAGGUGUUAUACAAGAUGUCAAAACACCACCCACCGCCACCGUUACCAGUGCCAAUGCCAAAACCGCCGCGACCACCGAUAGUGCCAACGAAACCAAAUAUAUUGUCCGUUUCGAUUUCAAAACCCAAGAUAACGUCGUGGCCUCAACAUCGGCCGAGGCUCGUCGUCAUGCCGCCAGUGUUCAUAAUAGUCCAGCUCAAACAUUACGCCGUAAUGCCAUGAUUAAAGAAUUUCGCGAAACUGAUCUCAUUGGUCCCGGAUUUCGUUCGAUUUUGGGCGUAAAGCUACAACCGGGCCAACGUGUAUAUUUAACGUAUAAUGGUCGUGAGACAUCAGGAGAUGUGGUACAACAUGAUUCCGGCAGAGAUGAAGUAUUGGUGAAAAUCACAACAAUUGGUAGUGAGGUAAGUUCAAGCGGGUUAUUAUGA